UCUAAAUCGAUCACAACAUGUUGAUCAUAGCCCUGGAAAUCAGCAGCCAUUCUGCGAACUGAAGAGAAUCAGCUUGAAUAAACUCAAAAUUGUCAAUUCCUCCAAGAAAUCCCUUAUCUUGUCAAUCCACAACGCUUCGAGACGAAAAAAAAAAAGUGAUCGAUCACCAGAAAAACCUAGCCCCCGCUCUUUUUCUGAAAUCUGUUAAUCAACCAUGUUAAAGGUCAAUUGUGUUCCAUCAAUUCAGCAUCAGUGUUCAAGAAGUGUUUAUUGGUGACACAUCUGGUGAGAUUUCAAGAUGAAAUACUUCAACGUUGUAGGAUUUUUCUUUGUCGCCUACCUUUUGGUAGUGGCUUACUCUGGAGCAUGUAUGCCUGAAGAGGAAGGUUCUUCUAAACAAUUGGACUGCAACAGAUGCAGAUGCAGACGUGGAAUUUGGCUUUGCACUAAAAAAGGCUGCCUUUCGAAUUUUUUCAAAAGAGAACUGCCAAUCGCAGCCGAUCUAAGGAACAUACCCUGCGCACCCAACGACUAUUUCCAAAUCGACUGUAACACUUGUUACUGCAAUCUGGAACAAUCUGGCUAUCUUUGUACUGAAAAUAUAUGUACGGGGGACGACCAUGUAGGACCAUCGACUCAAAUACCUCUGGCCAACUCCAGCAUUCUGCUGAUCGCCAACAACACGGCACAGAUAAUCAAUAAUGCCUCGGACAUAGAGGACAAUAGCACCUCUCUUCUUCCCAAGAUAGACGUGACAGUUCUGAAGGAUAAGACCAGGAGACAUCCCAAAAUUUUCAGUUCUAAAGCUGCCGAUGUGAAAAACUCGACUAGCGCACGCUUGGAACUGUUCAGCUGUACACCAGGACAAGUGUUCAAAAAAGACUGUAACGAUUGUAAAUGCACCCAAGAUGGAAAAAAUGCAAUUUGCACCACAAAAAACUGCUCCGAUCCCACUCUACAAUUAGCAGCCCCUUCUACACCAACCACUCUACUUUUCUCAGAAGAACCUCAAGCAGCAUCCUCAACGCAAUCGUCUAGUCCUGGUGCAACACCCAGUACAACACCUGGCAAUCUGACCGGAGCAGAAAACCAUUGAGCCGAUAUACCUUAGAUUUUAGUGCAGUUGUGGCUUAAAACCGAUCUAUUCUCAGCUUCAAAAUUAGUAUUGUCUCUAUUACAACUGAAGUAUAUCGUAUUGUAUUGAGUGUAACAGAUUUAGGUACUGUAUGAAAAAUUUGAGUUAGCGUACAAAGUAGACAAGGAUGUUUUUGGAGUGGCUGGGUAUUUUGCCUUUUCUGAUGGUUCUUAGUUAUUUUCACUAAAAUCAUCGGUUGAAUUCCAUGAUAACGUACUCAAUUUCAAAUCUCACCUAUCGAUUUUUUUUUUGUAUGUCCAUGUUUAAAAUUGUUCACAAUACACCAACUAGCCUUUUUAACUAUGACUUCCUUAGUAUUCCUUAAUAUUUUCAAGACUCUCGAAAGUUUAAUCUUUCAUUAAAUAGACAAAUUCUUAAGACUGGAAUACAAGGUUUCUCUGAUUAUACCUCUACCAAAUUCUUUCUUCAUACAUCAUAAACUGUAUUUUACAUGUUAUAUUUCCAUAAAUGACUCCAACAUAAAUUAAUAUAACAAGCUAUUAGAAAACAUAGGAAACUAGUGAAUACAUUUGUUUGUUAUUUUAUAUCGACUAUCUGAACAUACAAGCUAAUAAAACAGCUGCAAAAUUCCAGUUUUUAUUGAGUUUUAUUGAUAUUCAAUAUUGAUCUUUGAAUCUAGAUAAUAACAAAUUUUUCCUGUUAAUUUGUAAAUUUCAAAGUAUAUCUAUAGAUGAAGAACCUUUGUUACUUAUUAAUUAGUUAAGAAAUUGUCACCAAUAACGUCUUUAUGUGUUAUGUGGACAAUGAAAGUGUGUUUGUGUGAUCACAUGAGUUGACAAGAACAAAAAGUAUUCUCCUAUUUUAGUAAACUAUUAAUGAAG